UCUGCGACGACUCGUUGCCUUUCUUUCAGAAUCCGCCAGGGCCCGCCUUCUCUCCGUAGCCUGUCUCGCGGCAGAAAGGCUCCGGGAGACGACCCACCGAUCGCAUCGUUGUCGUUACGGAGGAAUCGUUACGGAGGAAUAUCGUCUGCGGUGAUCGCACGCGACGUCCACGCCCCCCAGCGACAACAGCGGAGCAGCAGAGGCGGGUGUUACAUUCGUAGUGGGGCGGUAGCAGCAGAGAAGGUUGUUACACGCGUGGGGCGGUAGCAGCAGAGAAGGUGUUACAAUAGCAAGGCGGUAGCAGCAGAGAACGGGGUUAAACUCAUAGGGAGGCAACAUCAGCCGACAGAACCCAUUAUCCGAUUGCGCAUCCAUCAAGGAGACGAUAUGGCGCUGCGAGCGUUCGUGCUGCUGCUGGUCGUUGUGAUUGCGACGACGGGCCGUGCCAACGGUGACGCGUUCGACGAUGCCGUAACGAAGCUGCAGAGCGUGUCGGCCGACAGUUGUCGCGCCGUGCUCGCCGGCGACGAGCAGCGCCUCCUACUGGAGGAGAACUUCGUCACGGGAGUCCCCGGAUCAUCCGGGCAGUCGCCGCAGCUCGCGCUCAGCGAGGCGUCCACGCUGGCGCACAACCGUGCCUUCUUCUUCAGCUUCAUCCUGCAACACAUGAACGCGACCGCAGACGAACCCGGCUUCCUCUACUACUACUACUCGGCCGUCGCCGACGUCGCCGCUUACGGUGACGUCAUCAGCGGAAGCAGCGUCGUCUUCGACCGCAAGAGCUUCUUUCCGAACUGGUACAAGAGCGCCUCAGCGCAGCGCCCUCACGUGACGGACUACCUUCCGUACGCGCGCGCGCCGCGUGCCGGCGAACAUCUCAUCGUCGUCGAAGACGACGCGGUUGCCGGGAGUGGCGCCGGCAGCGCCUACACGGACGGUGACCGGUACUCGUGGGCGAAACCCUGGUACAGCAAGUGGUUGCCGCGCGCGAUGCAGCCGCCGCUGCCCUACCAGAUCAUCAUCGAAAAGCUGUUUCAUCCGAAGGACCACAUGCAGGUGUACGGGCCGCCGGAGACGAAACCUAGCAGCUUCACUCCGCCCUACUUUGAGUGCGGAUUGAUCGACGAGUGGAUAAGCGGUGCGGUGUCGCCAGUCGUCAACUACGAGCGGCCGGACUACAACUAUCCCGCAGUGCCGAAGUAAGAACGAUGUCGACGUUUACGUUGAUUUGCGUACAUAGGCUUAUCUCAUAUCUUAUAUCUUUGCCUUAUCCAA